GUGUACACAGCCUCUGAUUUAUUUAUAAGCAAUACGCCUGCAGGUGGUGAUGUACAGCAUUAUACACGAUUAUAAACGCCAUGGCACAUAAAUUUCGAUCACUGAUCUCAAAUAAGAUCAUACAGGCCAUAAGUGGUUUUCCAAUUGGAGGCAGGGGCCUGAAACCAUCUUCGCUUAUUCCGUGUGUUCAGUUUGAGCCAAAGACUGGUUCACAGCCUGAAUUUCGAGUAUCCUUAAUGACUCUCCAGAAAAAAGGACUUAUACAUGCAAUGAUCCUGAUAAUCUUAAACUACAAACAGCUAGCAUCAGAAGUAGUGAAGAUAACCACACUCAAACCAGCCUCCUUUUGGCGGUGCAGUGCAUUAGUAAAUCUCCUGCCACAUGAAAAGGUUGUUGUAGAAUACAGCUCGCCCAACAUUGCCAAACCAUUUCACAUUGGUCACCUUCGCUCUACCAUCAUUGGAAACUUCAUUGCUAACUUGCACGCUGCUCUUGGUCAUGAUGUGACUCGCAUUAACUACCUGGGAGACUGGGGUACGCAGUUUGGGAUCCUGAAAUAUGGGUAUGAUGCAAGAAAUAUGACAGAAAAGGAUUUAGAAGAAGAUGCAAUAAAAAAGCUUUAUGAAGUCUAUGUAUGGGCCAACCAGAAGGCAGAAUCGGAUCCCAACAUAAGCAAUAGAGCUCGGGAGAUAUUUAAUAAAAUGGAACAAGGGGAUGAAAAUGAACUUAAAGCAUGGGAGAUAUUUAGAAAUCUAUCUAUAAAAGAUUUUAAACGUGUGUAUGCUCGUCUGAAUGUAAACUUUGAUGAAUUUCAUGGUGAAAGCAUGUAUAAAGCAAAAAAAUGUCAAGAUGUGUUGAAUCAAAUGGAACAGAAAGGUUUAUUAGAGACUUUAGAUGAUGGCAGGAAAGUGUAUGAGGUAAAUCCAAAGCAAAGAGUGACCAUUGUCAAGAGUGAUGGGUCUAGUAUAUACCUCUCAAGAGACAUUGCUGGAGCUAUAGAUAGACAAGAAAAGUACAAUUUUACGAAAAUGUAUUAUGUCGUAGAUAACUCUCAAUCUGAUCAUUUUGUUGCCUUAUUUAGCAUUAUGAGAAAGAUGGGUUUUGACUGGGCAGAUAAUAUGAGGCAUAUCAAAUUUGGACGAAUUCAGGGAAUGAGUACACGCAAAGGAACAACUGUUUUCCUGCAGGAUCUUCUUGAUGAAGCACAAGCAAUCAUGAUGCAGAAACAGCAGGAGACAGAAACAACAAGAGAUAAUGUAAGACUCAGUGGAGCUGAAACAGCAGACAGAGUAGCAACAUCCUGUGUAUUAAUUGGGGACAUGAAGCAACGCCGCCAAAGAGAUUAUGUGUUUUCAUGGGACAAGGCACUUCAAAGUCGUGGAGAUACAGGAGUUAAGCUACAGUAUGUUCAUUGUCGUCUUGUAAGCCUGAAAGAAAAUUGUGACACAGACUACAAUCCACAAGCAAAUACUAGUUUUCUUACGGAAAAACAAGCCCUCACUCUUAUUCAAGAUAUUGCAAGGGGAAUACUUGUUAAUUAUUUGUUCAUGCUCUGCGGGUCCAUCAACAAUGCCCUGAAACACUUGAAUGUUAAAGGAGCUCCGAUUGAAGUUGCAGAAGCUAGACUUGCACUCUUCAUGGCAGCACGAUAUACUCUUGCUGCCGGCAUGAAUAUUCUCGGAGUUGAACCUCUAAACCAGAUGUAAAAGCAAUUUACAUGUACAGUACAGUACUUAAUUUGAGACAAUGAGCAUAUACAAUAUUUAUAAUUAUUGGUUGCCUUAUUGAUAAUGUUUACAUAAUAUUUGAUAUACACUGCAUUUUAACUCCUCUUAUGAUUAUGGGUAAAAAUAUAGACACUGCCCUGCUCCAUUCUUAAGGACCAAGGUAAACAGUAUCGUUUGAAACAAAAUUAUAUUUGAGCAAAGAAAAUACAUAAGAGUAGUUUUAUGUUCUAAAAGUUGUAUCACUAAAUUCUUUUUAUAAUUUUUUUAUAGUAAUUCUGUUAUGUUUUGCAAAAUUUGAUUUUUGUUUCCAAAUGUAUAAUUUACAUUUGAAAUAAAAUUUAAACUUUUAA